UCAACACAUUUUACCGUAAAACUCGCAGUGUCACAAGAGAGAGACACAACACCGCAGGUAUGGAGGAACAAAUGGAGAUCAAUCGUGGCUUCUUCAGGAAAGUGGAUGUUCCAGAUCAUGCACACUAUAUAGUGGCAUUUUUUGUGGCAGUCAUUGGGGCUGUAGGAGUCAUUGGAAACAUGCUGGUCAUGUACGCCUUCUUCAGCAACAAAAAGCUACGAACACCGCCAAACUACUUCAUCAUGAACCUUGCAGUGAGCGACUUCCUCAUGGCCGCCACUCAGUCGCCCAUCUUUUUUGUCAACUGCAUGUACAAGGAAUGGGUGUUUGGUGAAAUGGGUUGUAAGAUGUAUGCCUUCUGCGGGGCUUUGUUUGGAAUCACAUCCAUGAUUAACCUCUUGGCGAUUUCCAUCGACCGCUACAUUGUGAUCACCAAGCCUCUGCAGGCCAUCGGGUGGACGUCCAGACGUCGGACACUCCUUAUUAUCCUCCUGGUCUGGCUCUACUCUCUGGCCUGGAGUCUGGCACCACUUUUGGGUUGGAGUUCCUACAUCCCUGAAGGCCUCAUGACUUCUUGCACAUGGGACUAUGUAACCUCCACUCCAGCGAACAAGAGCUACACCCUGAUGCUCUGCUGCUUUGUGUUCUUCAUUCCUCUGGGAAUAAUCUCCUACUGCUACUUCUUUAUGUUCUUGGCCAUUCGGAAUGCAAGCAGAGAUGUGGAGAAGCUGGGUAACCAUGUGAGGAAGACGACUCUCAUGCAACAGCAGUCCAUAAAGACAGAGUGGAAGCUGGCGAAGAUCGCCUUUGUGGUCAUCAUUGUAUUCGUGCUGUCCUGGUCUCCUUAUGCCUGCGUCACACUCAUCGCUUGGGCAGGGUACAGCCACAUUCUCUCUCCAUAUUCCAAGGCAGUACCUGCAGUGAUUGCCAAAGCAUCUGCCAUUUACAAUCCUUUCAUCUAUGCCAUCAUACACUCCAAAUACAGAGACACACUGGCUGAGAAGGUGCCAUGUCUGCAUUUUCUAGCCCAGUCGUCACGUAAGGUCUGCAUCUCUGUGUCGAACAGUGAGUCCUCCUUCAGAGAAUCCAUGCUCAGCAGACAGUCCUCGGGGUCCAAGGCCAAGUUUCAACGUGUGUCCUCCAUAUCAACUGGUGACACGGUCUGGAGUGAUGUAGAGUUAGAUCCAAUGGACCAGAAGACCCUCAGAAACUCACACUCAGCCAUUCUGCUGAGAGAUAAUGGGUGGAAGCAGCAAACUCAGCAGGGGAAGACCAAAAACAAGGGAAGACCAGGGGAAGACCCCAGCGAAGAGAAGCCUCCAGUAACAGAGGGUGGAUCUUUGAGCAGUUACGGCCAUGACCUGGUAUCCGAGUCCAUCAACAUGGCAACCGUGUCUCUUCUUAUGGCCAAAAAGAGUACAGAGCUGGAACAGGAAAAGGAAGAGGAAUGUGAGGAGGAAGAUACCCUGAAAGGACAGGAGGACAACAAUUCUAUGAGCCCCCCAAGCAAAGGUCUGGCUUUUUACAAAGACACGGACAUGGCCCAAAUCAUUGUUAGGCUCACAUCAGAGAAGCGAGCAAUGCAGACAAGAGAAGGUGACAAUAUUGGGCCUCAAUAGCUUGAACUGCUUUCCUGAGCUUCAGGAGUCUGUAGAGAAAUUCCUUUCCUGAGGUGGAACCAGUGAGCUGAGCAUCCUCUUUAAGUUUGUAUUCUUCCGAAGGCAAGUCUGCACACUGGAGAAUCAUAGUCUUCCGUUGAGAGUUUCUAGGUUUUCACAUCACAAUUGUAGAUGCCAAAGCAAUCAAGCCAUGUUAGUUUGUGUGCAGAUAAUCAGUUGCCAAUAAUGUUUGGCAGGAAGGCAAAUUGUAUGUGACGUUGAUGCACUGUCCCACAGAAGUCUUGUGCUUUCACCCCUCAAAUAUGCUUCGACUUCACGCUACAAUGUGUGUAGAGAUACUGUACGUCCACCA